GCCAAAAAGAAAACCACUUCUCGCGGCACUAGCGCCAACAUGUGUUCGACGGCGAACUUUCGUACUAGCCGCGAUCAUCUGAUACGGUUGAAAAUGUUCAGUCUGCUCUCAAAGCUAACGUUAAGUUGCGGUUCGUCGUCGUCGUACUGGGUGAAUUAAAGUGAGUAAAGUAAAAUUUUGUGUGAAACGUAAACGCGAGACCGUCGAGUGUGCGAAUACGACUGCGUCAGAAUUUCUAGGACGUUUUCAUGCGCGUUUGUUAAUAAAAAAGCUAAUAUGGCUUUGGUGUGAGUGCGCCUGACCGUGUGUUUGUGUGCCUGAUAUUUGACCUCCCGGAGUGAAGUUUCCAUUCGAAUUACAAGUUUCGGCUGAUGAUUAUUGCGCGGUUCGGGUUCGGGUGUUCGCAGUAUUAACGGUGAUAAUCCGGUGAAGUCGAUUUAUUUAAUGGAAGAUUAUAAAUUCAGCGAGAGUUCUAAUGUCGGGCCUAUAUCGUCUGUAGAAUAUUCGGUAGUAAGUACUUCAUCGCAGCAAUCAUAUUUCAAUACACCGUCCAGCGUAUCGGAUUUGGUAUCGAGUUACCAAAGCGUAUUAAAAAUGCAAGAUGAUCCGUUGAACGAGAACUCGUGCUCGUCGGCUCAACACGCAAAUACGCAAAACAAUUGCCAACAGAAUUCGUCGUCGGAAAAUGGUAACGAAGAUCAGCUCGGAGUUGUCGGUAUCGGCGGUGGCAAUCAAACCAAAGACGAUGGCAUCUCUAGUAUGGUUAAUUUAGGCAACGGAGUGCAAUCGGUGGUGGACGGCAACGGCGGCGUCGGCGGUGCACCGGAACAACAACAACAACAGCAACGCGAAGUAUCUAGUUUAACUAAUAACCAGUUACCUGCAUAUUCGUCAUCCGAACCUAGUCUAAACGUGAUAAAUUCUAUUACUUCGUCUAAUCUGUGGGCCAGCAAUGUGGACGAUACCAUGAUACAUAACUUCAACGUACCAUCAACAGCCAACGGCUCCGGAGCCCUAACCUUUCCAAAUUUCUCACCUUCGGCAGCAGCGGCCGCCGCAGCAGCUACGGCCGCAGCAGCAGCAGCAGCCGCCGCCGAUAACUCGCUGUACGAUCCUACCCUAGGCAACCACGUAUCCGGAUUAUCGUCCUCUCAAUUGCAACAACAACAGCAACAGCAGCAACAACAACAGCAAUCCCAGCAACGUAGGAAUAUCUCGACCCAGCAACAGCAAAACUAUCCUCAUAACCUGACUCGUAGCUUGCAGGCCGCCCAGCAGAAUAAUCCGCAACAGAAUAUGUAUCUGGCCAACAAAAUGUACAACAAUUCGUGGAACACGUCGCAGCAGAAUACGUGGGGACCUUCGGCAGCCGUACAGAAUCAGAAUAAUAUCAACAGCUUGUCGGCCUGGAAUCGAGGACGGUCUACGCCGAACCUGAAUCCGAUGCAGAAUCUAUCGAAUCGUAAAAUCAGCCCGUCGUUCGCCCAACAACAGAGCAUGCUGAUGGCUCAGAAAUUUCGUCGAAGUACUUCGUAUCCCGGUAAAAAUAUCUUCUCGCAGGGCAACUCGUACGAUAUUACUAAUGUCGACGAUUCGGCCGACUUGAUUCUACCAUAUCAGGACCAUACACAACUGAACAACGGUAACUGUUACGGUGGUACCGGAAAUGGCGAAGUUGAUAACGCGAUGAGCCCUUUAGAUAAUAUGACGGCGCUUCAUCAAUAUCUAAAUGAAUUGAUGAGAACCGGAACUGAUCUCAACGGUGAUUUAAUGACUAAAGAGAGUAGACCAUUCUUUCCUGGACUGGACGAACAAGCUGUGGCUGCUAUAAUUGAAAAUCCUAGUUCUCACAUCGUAGACGGACAAGUGUUCAUACCAUCGUUGCCGCAGGGAGCACAGUCUUCGCCGCACGCGUUGCUGCAAGAGAAAGAAGAGAAAUAUUCGAGAAAAGUGUUCGUCGGAGGAUUACCGCCGGAUAUUGACGAAGAGGAGAUAUCGAAUAGUUUUCGUCGAUUUGGACAACUAGUCGUGGACUGGCCGCAUAAAGCAGAAAGUAAAUCUUUCUUUCCACCCAAAGGAUACGCAUUUUUACUGUUUCAGGAAGAGUCAUCUGUGCAGACGUUGAUAGAUUCGUGUAUCCAAGAAGACGAUAAAUUGUACUUGGUUGUUUCGUCGCCGACGGUUAAAGACAAAGCGGUACAGAUACGGCCGUGGAGGUUGAACGAUGCUGAUUACGUGUUGAACGCGUCUUUACCACUCGAUCCGAGGAAAACGGUUUUCGUCGGUGGAGUUCCGCGACCUUUGAAAGCGAUUGAACUAGCCACCAUCAUGGAUCGUUUGUACGGAUGCGUUUGCUACGCUGGAAUCGAUACGGAUCCGGAAUUGAAGUAUCCGAAAGGCGCUGGAAGAGUGGCGUUUAGUAAUCAACAAAGUUACAUCGCGGCCAUUAGCGCAAGAUUCGUUCAAUUACAACACGGCGAUAUUGAUAAGCGGGUGGAAGUUAAACCAUAUGUGCUGGAUGACCAGAUGUGUGAUGAAUGCGCCGGUCAAAGAUGCGGCGGCAAAUUCGCACCUUUUUUCUGCGCCAACGUUACGUGUUUGCAGUAUUAUUGCGAACAUUGUUGGGGAGUCAUUCAUUCGAGAUCUGGACGCGAAUUUCAUAAACCAUUGGUGAAGGAAGGAGCGGAACGUCCACGCCCCCUGCAGUUUCGUUGGUGUUAACAACAAUAAAAAUUUAGCGGUGGCAAUUUUAUAGGAAAAAUUUUAGCCAAAACUUUUAUCUACGUUAGCCUAAAUUUACUAGUUUAGUUAAUGAAAAAAGAAACCCUCUUCUUACUACUUUUUUUUUCAUUCGUUUUUUUCUUUUUCUUUUUCUUUCUCUUCAAUUUCUUCUAGUACUUUACUAUUUACAAUAUUUUAUCAAAUAUUCUUUAUAUUGACGUAUGAAUAUUUUUUUUUGUUCGCUGCGAAUAAUAAUUGUGUCGAAACUUGAAGUUUCUCUCGUAUCGUGAGACGUCGUCUUUUGAUUCGAUGUUGAUCUCGUCGUGUGAGUCGUGAGCAUGGCUCGAUAAGUUUUCGUGUGACCGGUGAUAGGUAAAAUUAGUUAAAUUUUCAAAUGUGGGUAUUGAUUGAUCUUCGAUGGACGGGGUAUUAAAAAAAAAAGUGAGUCGACUCGACGAAGAUGACGUUAUCUCUCGUUUUAUAUUGAUUUUUUUUCUAGCAUAUGUUGUUUCUUGUUACAAUCGCAUAGCGUUAUUAGUUUUUUUCGUAUUUAUCACCAUUUUAUUACUACUUUUUUAAAAUAACUUUUUUAUUUCGUUUUUGAGUUUUUUUUUUUUUUUAGAAAAAAUAUUAAAUGAUGAACCCUGUAGGGUGGUUUUUUUUACACAUUGUUGAUUUUGUUGUUUUUUUAUUACGUUUUUUCUUUUUUUUUUUCAUUUUUACCUAUUUCUUAUUUAACGCCAAGUAGUAAAAUUCGUAUCAGAAAUGAUACCUACGAUUGCGGCUUUUUCGUUUAUUUUUUUUUUUUUCGUUUUUGAGAAAUGAAAACCUCUUUAUAUCGUACGAACGACGCGGUUAUAUUAUAAAGUAUAGUUUUGUUGUAAUUUCUUUUAUUUUUUUUCUAGAAACCUUUUUAGAAUUGUAGGAAGCGUGUUUGUUUUUAUUAAUUAUUUUUUAUCGAUUAUUUUUUAUUAAAUUUUUUUAAUAUGUUUGUUUUGAUCACAUUGUUAAUUUAUUUAAAAGUUUUUAAAUUUUAGAGAAGAUUUUCAUUGGCUCUUUUUUAGCUGGUAAUUUUUUUAUUUCUUUAUUUACGUUUCCUUUUUAUUUGACUUUUUUCCUCUUUUUUAAAAUCUUUUUUUUUUCUUCUUUUGUUUCUCGUCGAACGUUUGUUUAUAUUUAUAAUUUUCUGUUACUUCGUUUCUUCGAUUCUUCUGCGAAGAAUUGGAAACGAGCGUUUGUUUUUUUUUCUUUUUUUUCUUUCCCCUCGUAACAUCACACGUCGAAUUUACAGGCAGGAGGUUUUUUUGGGCCUUUUUUUUUUAGAUGAAAAAAAAACCUGCGCAGUUUGAUUCUAUUUGUUUUUCUUUUUUAUAUUUAUACGUCAUUUUUUUUGUGGGAUUUUUACACGAUCAUAAGGUGGUUGGUUUUUAUUUUCUUUUCCUCUAUCUCUCUCUAUCUCUCUAUCUCUCUCUUGUGUUUGUUUAAGUGUGUGUGUAUUUUUUUUUAUAUUAGAAAAAAUUAUAUGUGUUCAUGGGCAAGAGUUACAUGUUUAGGAAAAAAAUUCGAAUGUGAAUUAAUUCUGCGCUCUCGAGAAAAAAAAAGUAAAAUACGACUGAUGAAAUUUCCCGUUGAAAUGGUGAAAAAUUGUUGUUUGUUUUUUUUUAUUAUUUUUUUGUACUUGUAUUUUGGAGAUGGCAUCACUGAUUCGUCGCCUUGUAGCAUUUAUACAUACGCAGCAUUCGUAUAGUGUUAUGAUAUUUUGUAAGAUGUAGGUGUAUAAUUUUUAUAUAAUGAAAUUUUAAUUUUGAAAGACACGUUUUUGUCGAACUAGUCACAUGUCAGUGUUACCAGCUCUUACGAAAAAUAAGAUGUAUUUUGUACGUACUCGAGAUUAUACUAAAUAAUUGUUGUAACGACGAACGCCGCGAACGAUUCCGCCCUUUUAAUACGGGAAAUGAAUAUUCGAGGGGAUGGUUUUUUUUUUUCGAGAGACAGAUUUUUUUCAGCCGGUUUAAUAUCGCGAUUUUUUGGACGGGCUAUUGCGCAUAUCUUUUUUAAUUUUUUUUUUUUUUUGGUACGGUGCACUUAUACAUAGAUGAUAAACCUCCUGGUUGUUGCUGUAUACUGGAAAUUUUUUUUAAUAAGUUACCUUUUGUAGAUUCAGUCACUAUACAGUUUUUCCUAACUUUUUUUUAAUUAAAAAAAAAAUCGUUGUUACGCUUCUAUUCUCGGUUUUAGCGUUUGUUUUUUUUCUUUUUUUUUGUUUUUCGUGAAAUCAGUGUUUUUGUUACUUUCUUUUGUAAUGUUGUUUUUAUUUUAUUUAAUUUUUUUUUUUUUGUAAAAUUAUCUAGUAAUCCUUUGAAAUUUUUUUAUAGUUUUUAUAUAAUUUUUUUUUGCACGGCGCAGUACAUUUUUUUCCAUAUUCGUUUUUAUAUAUUGUCUUUUUUUUUUUUUUUUUUUUUUUUUGAUUAUUGUAUACCUUUGUUUUGUUGGCGAUUUUUUUCGGCUAUGAAUUUUUCUAUUUCGCUUUUAAAUUUAUAUAUAAUAUCUUUAUAUGGGUUUAAUCGUGGUUAUGUUCUGUUUUUCAUUUUUUUUGUUCGUCGAUGAAAAAAAAAUAACAUCAUGGUAAUGCUACACAUUCGUAAAUUUUUGUUUUGUGGUAAUAUUUUUUUUUCCUUUUCGUAACGAUUUCUGUACUUUUUUUGGAUUUUAUAUAAUUUUUAUAGCGACACUACACAGUUCGUAUUUUUUUAAAAAAUUUAUUUUUAUUUACGCGUUUAUUCGUUUUGUGUGAUAACAGCUGUGUUUCCUUAUUUUUUUUAUUUAGUAAUUUAUACGUUUGUUAUUUAUUUAACUUUGUUUUUUCUCCCUUUUUUUUUGUUUGUGUCCCCCUCUUUUUUUCUUUUUUCUUUUCUGUUUUUUUUUCUUUUUUUUUUGUCAAGUGGAAAUUUUUGUAUGGCGUUUUGUUAUAAUAAUGCUUUUUUGGACAGGGUGUCGUAGCGAGGAGGUGACGUUUUUUUUUGAAUUUUGGUUUUGAAUUUGGUGACUCGGUGGCGAGUUUUGGAAAAUGAAUUUUUGGAAGUAAUGAUGGAAAAAAUGGCAAAUGUGAUCGAUAUUUUGAAACUUAUAUUUUUCAAUUAUAUUUAUUUUUUAAAAAGGGAAAAGGUAAUUUCCCAGGAUUACAGGAGUGAAAAUUUGCUCGAGUUGUUGAAUUUUGAUUUUUGAAAACAAAAAAAUUCAAGAUGAGCUCUAAAUUAACUCGCUUUUCAGAUUCGUUCAUCUGAUUUUCAAAAUGAAAAUUAUGGAAAUCUCAAAGCUUUUUUGGAUGUUUCUCCCGCUACCAGGUGUCUUGAAAAUCCCACAAUUAGGGGUAUUUCUUAUUUUAGUACUUUGAAAAGACAAGUUUUCCAUCUUAAUGUGGUAGUUCUCCACUGCAUGGUUGAAUAUCCAUUAAACUAUGACCUCACACGCUCCCAGAGUCCGCUCUCCCCUCCACCAAACAAUUACCAUUUGAUUUGACUUCUUCCAGGCCUUUAGUUCUCACUGGGGCACUACCUGGGAUGUAGGAUAGGUCACUGUGGCUUUUGGAGGGUCCAAAUCGAAAAAAUGAGCUCAUAUUUGUAUUCAGUGCCCUCGAAAAUGUAGUAUUCGAUAUGUCGCAUCACUUGGUUGAUAUUUUUGGAUUUUGACCUUAAGUGAGGGGGCAUAUGCCCCUGUGUAGGGUCAUGAACUGGAAAUAUUGACGAAGUCGUGUGAGAUAUCGAUUAUUAGGUUUUUGAGGGUGCUGAAUCCAAAUAUGAGCUCAUUUUUUCAAUCCAACCACUUGAAGCCCACAGUUCUGGUUAUAGACUCUCAGUAAGGGCAAUGAGGGGCACAGUAAGGGUCAAAUUGAAAAAAAAUAUAAAGCCAUAUUCUCAUUCAGCACACUGAAAAACAUGAUAUUUCAUGAUCGCGAAUUUAAUCAAAUCCUCGUGGUUUUACUCCAUUUAAAGUAUCAUAGGGGGCUUGGAAGGGGUCAUAUCUAAAAAAUGAGGUCAUAUUCGUAUUCAGCACCUUCGAAAAUGUAGUAAUCAAUAUAUCGCAUGUCUUUAUCCAUAUUUUCAUGUUUUGACCCUCAGAAAGGGGGCAUCUGCCCCUUCAUGGGACACUUGGAGGGAUCUUAUCUCAAAAAUGAGGUCAUAUUCACGUUCAACUGCUCCAAAAAUGUAAUAUCUGAUAUAUCACUCUACCCUGGCAAAACCUUUAGUUUUUGACCCCAUGAGGGGGCAUAUGCCUCCUUUGUUGGGGUCAAAUGCCCCCUUUGUUGGGGUCCAAAUCUAAAAAAUUUCUAGUAUCAUGCGACAUAUCAAAAUAUAUGUUUUUGAUGACGCUGAAUUCGAUAAUGAACUUAUUUUUUCGAUUAGACUCAUUCCAAGCCCGCAGCUCUCACAGAGGAUCACUUUCACUCUCAUAAAACUUGAUUUUUUUUCUCCAUCAGUGGUGCCUGAACUAUUUUUGUUGCAAAUCAUGACUAAAUAACAAAAAUUUCUUCUUUUCCUGCUCCCUCCCUCCAUCUCUCAACUUGUCUUACCCCCUUGAAAAAUAUUUCGCUAACCAACCCACCAUAUGAAAGGAUCCGCUACGACACUUGAAAAAAUAACGACUCGAACACUUUGAUGAUUUUUUUUCUACAAAACCCGUAGUGUGGCUUUUCAAAACAGUCUACCGAAUAAUUUUUUAUUGGUAUUUGCAUUUUUAUACGAAAAAUAAAAAAAAACUUGUUGUGAAAACUUUUAAAAUGUGAGAAAAAUUUUGGCGAGUUAAAAUUUAUUAUUUAUUAUAAUAACACUGCCAAAUAUACGACUAUUCUAUCAAACACUACGAGACUCCCACACGGUGUGGAACUGAAACUAUAAAUCGACCCUAUCGCCCUUUACCUCCCCCCCCCCACCUCGUUCGUGUAAACUUUUGAAAAGUUACAGUUACCAGAAUUUUUAAUGAACGGAAUUGGAUAUCCCGGAGAGAUUGAGUAACAGUUUUGCCACUACAUUAAUUCGUAUACAGUAUCAACCACGUUAUGUAUUUUUUUUUACCUCUUUUUAUUAUUCUUUUUUUUUUUAGUAAAUUUGGCUUUUUUUUUCGUAAAGGCUUGUUCUUUUUUUACAUGUUUGUUGAAUUUUUUCAAUAGAAGAUUGCUAUAGCAGACACUUUUUUGCAAAUACCUAUAAUAUUUCGACGUAUUUUAUAUUAUCCUGGUUAAUAACCCUAUUUUUUUUUUGUUUGGAUGAUUUUUUUUAUUUAAAAAUACAAGAAAUAAAACAAUAAACUUACCAGUUUUUUUUUCUUUUGUAAAAUAAGUGCAAUAUAUGUUAAUGUAGAUGUGAUAAAAUAUGAAUAUGGUAUUGGACUACUGCGAAUUUUAUUUCGUAACGUUGUAAUUUAACCUAUUUUCUAAUUUUUUUUCUUGUGGUUUCGUUUUUUUUCUAGCAAUUUUUAGCUUGUUCUUUUUUUUUACAUUAAAAAAUUUCUAAAUACAUGUUAGUUUACUUAAACGUUACUCCGAGGAGAGUUUUGUUUUUUAAAAAACUUAAAUUAUAUAAUGUAGUAGCGUUACUUUUUUUCAAAAAAAGUUUGCUUCGGUAGUUUUUUUAUUUUGAUUUUUUUCCAAGGUUAAUUGUUUCGUUUUUUGUUUUGUUUUUUUUAGGACAGUCGAGUCCGUAAUUUUUUUUUCUUCUUUCGGUUUCCCAACUUUUUUUAUAUGAUAAAUUCUAACGGUAUUAGUUAAGAUUGGUGAAUGAUUUCUUUUAAGUAGCUUUCUGUUUGUUGUUUUUCGAAUUUUUUUAUAUAGAUGUGAUGGUUGGGAAUUUUAGAAACAGAGUAGGAAGCAACGCUGGUAAAUUUUUAAUUCAAUAGCUUCGUUCGUUGAGGGGUCUGAAAUUUAUUCGAGAGAUGGAGGACUUAUGUCCGCUUUGAUGUUUGUGUUGAUUAAUAUAGGAGGUGAUCUCGUAUUGUUUUGUGGAGUGACGUGCAAUCGAAGGAUUGGUGAUUGGGUUUUGUAGUCGUGUGUUGGGUUUUUUUGGGAGGGGUUACGAGGGUGAAAUUGAAACUAUUCGAGUUCGAGUUCAAAAAUUGAAAAAAAAAAAUCAGAAAAUGGUACUCAUGGUCAAUUCUUUUGUAAGUUGUGUUUAUAAUCGAUGGGAAGGCUUGUAUUUUUGGAGUAGUGUAUUUGUUUACAUCGUUCUUUAAUGUAUUCCCCUCUGCCCCCCGCUGAUAUAUCCACAAUCUGGGCUGUAUUUUGGGUUUGAUAUCUCCAAUUUUUUUUAGCUCUCCCCUUUCAUCUCCUAUUGGAAAAGGUACGUAGAAGUUACCGUUGACGUAACUUUCGGGGUUGAUAAAAAACACAUCUCUUCUCAAUUUUCAAAAUUGAGCGAGAUUUUGUCAAUUUCUUGAGCAUUGAUUCAGAUGAAUGAGGGCAAUUUGGGUUUAAGAGGGGUCAGAUCAAAAAAAUAAGGUCAUAUUCGUAUUCAGCGCCUUCGAAAAUGUAGUAAUCGAUAUGUCGCAUGGUUUUGUUGAUUUUUUCAGUUUUUGACCCUGUUAGGGGUGCACACCCCCUCAUUUGGGGUCAAAACCUGAAAAUAUCGCCUGAAUCAUGUGACAUAUCGAUUGUUAUAUUUUUGAAGGUGCAGAAUUCGACUAUGACCUUAUUUUUUCGAUUCGACACCUUCAAAGCUCCUAAUUCUCAUAAUUUGGAGCAGAGGGAGGCAAAGUAGGGGUCAAAUCGAAAAAAAUAAGGUCAUAUUCGUAUUCAGCGCCUUCGAAAAUGUAGUAAUCGAUAUGUCGCAGGUUGUGUUGAUAUUUUCGGUUUUUGACCCUAUUAGGGGGUGCACACCCCCUCUGUUAGGGUCAAAACCUGAAAAUAUUGUCUGAAUCAUGUGACAUAUCGAUUGUUAUGUUUUUGAAGGUGCUGAAUUCGAAUAUGACCUUAUUUUUUCGAUUGGACACUUUUUGAAGCUCUUAGUUCUCAUGACUAGAAGCAGAGGGAGGCAAAGUAGAGGUCAAAUCAAAAAAAUAAUGUCAUAUUCUCGUUCAACGUGUUGAAAAACGUACUAUCAAAUAUUUUAACCAAAUUUAAAUAAAAAUUUUAUGGAUUUGAUUUUGUUGGGAGGGUCACAUCCGUCAAUGGAGGUUUGGGAGGGGUGAAUUUGUAAAACCAAGGUCAUAUUCGUAUUAAGCACCUUUGAAAAUGUAGUAUUCGAUAUGUCGCACGAUUUCCUUGAUAUUUUUUGAUUUUGACCCUAUUAAGUGGUGCACACCCCUUUUGUAGGGUCAAAACUUGGAAAUAUCGUCAAAAUCAUGUGACAUAUCGAUUGUUAUGUUUUUGAGGGUGCUGAAUUCGAAUAUGACCUUAUUUUUCCGAUUCGACCACUUCCAAGCGGCUAGCUUCGAUAAACGAUCGUUCUGAGGGGCUCUAAAGGGGUAAGUCGAAAAACCACGUGCAUAUUCGUGUUCCAGUCCUUCAUAAAAACAUCAUUUGAUAUGUAAGCAUGUUUUCCUUAUUUUUUUUCAAAUUUGCCUCCAAAUUAGGAAGAAAGAAUGUCCACUUUCAUCGAGUGCCUCGAUUUUGAAAAUGAAGAAGACCUUCAGCCUUUCGUAACCCUUACCACGAUUUCGCUCGUGCUUCUAAAUUUUGCAAUGACACCGAAUUUUCACCUCGUAUGUAGAUGAAACAUGAAACAGUCCCCCUCUUAUUAUUAUUUGAACACACAAACGAGUCACUUAAUUGACGAAAUUAUCUAGCAAAUAGACGCGUUGCGAGUUAAAUCGUUGUAUUCUCGUUAGGAAAAUAUCGAAUAAGUACAUAUUGUAUAAAAAGCAACCACUUAGGAUAAAUUAUACGCUGCAAAAAGGAGUAUAAAAAAUGUAUCGAAGAAUGGGUGAAAUUCGUAGUAUAUGCGAGAAGGAGAAAAGCCAGCUGUAGUUCGUAUUACGUAGCACUCGAUUGAUACAUACAACAGUGUUAAUGGUACAUACGAUUCGACGAAUACGAUAUAAUUUUCUAGUCAACCUAUAGGUCAGUACGUUCCUAUGAAUUAGAAAGUAAAAAAUAGUCUACGGUUUGUGCUUCAGCAGCUGAAAAAAAAAGAAUGAUAAGUUAUUAAAAUUUGAUUCGAGUUCAUUAUGUAUGUCGUGAAACUAGAGAAUCUAGGUCUGAUAGAUAAGCUCAGGAGCACAAAUUUGUAUCACAUCAUCUCGUACUACUAUAUCGAAUACACGAUUCAAUUUUUUGAUUUUCUUUUUUUUAUAUAUAAUAUUUUAAUAAAAAUGUGUCAGAAAUUGAUUUUUCUUAUUUUUUUUUUUUUUUGAAAAAAAAAGUGUACGUUAACCAGCAUGAAUAGAGUAGUAUUAAUUUUAUAUUUCGAUAUUUUACUUUUAAUGUAUUUUUUUAAAUAUUAUAUAUUCAAGUUUACAUCUCUCUUGUCGUUUUUCUAUUUGACGCUCCCCUUUUUUCUACCUCUUACCGCAUGUACUUUUAAUUUUAGACGAAUAUUUUGUACUUUAUUCCCCAAUUUUUUUUAUAAAGCUGGUUUUUUAAAUUCUUGCAAUGACGUAUUUUUUUUCUGUUUCUUUUUGGCUGAGUGUAUUUUGUUUUUUUUUUCUUUUCUUUUCUUUUCUUUUUCCUCGUAUUUUACGGUAGAAAUUAAUGUUGACUAGUAAUAAAUCUUCCACGUUUCAUUUUGUAUGAUUUCAAAACUUCGAGUUUGUUUAUUGAUUUAUUGGUCGUGGUAAUAAUUUUAACGUUUGAUGAUUUUUUUCGUUGCUUAAUUAUGGGCAUUUACCUACGUUUUAAAAUGAUGAACUAAACGAGUAAAAUUUCCAAAGACUGGAUGAUGAGGUAAGUUGGGCCAUUUCGUGUCAAAUCAGUCACAUUUUGGGUUUAAGUCACUCCAGGGUUGCGAAUUUUUUUUUGUUUUUGUUUUUGGUAGGGUACUUUAAAUUGGGGAAAAAGGAAAGUCGUAUUCAUUCCACCCUUCCCCUCGAGAGCAUAUGUGGUGUUUUUUUUCGAUAGUUGAAAUUUCCAUCACAAUGAUCCACUUUUGAGUUGAAUUGUUCGAGACGUCUGCAACUUGAAGAAAAUCUGUUUGAAAGCAUUAUUAUCGGUAUUGAGUUUUUUUUUUUUUUUUUUUUUUUUUUGAAAUUCAAUUUUCAAAAACAUGGGCCAAAUUUUUGAAGAGUUUUUUUUACUAUAAUUAUAAUUCUGAACUUGGGGCAAUGGAAAGAGGUAAGGAGCACCAAAAUUUUGGUCAAAAUGUUCUAUUCGACCCCCCCCCCCCAACACACCACACCACAAUAGCUCCUGAAUUUUUUGAAAAUUGAAAAAAUCAUGUGGCAUAUUUUCCAACAAUCUUUGUCUAAAAUUUUAUUUGUUUCAAGCUGAGCUUUUUUUGACAUCACAAUUUUAAAAAUUUUGUUAGAUUGGAAAGCACAAAGCUACAUUUUAAAAAUUUGAAAACAUUCCAAAAAGCAUAAAUUUUUUAAUGUUAUUUACAACCAACUAUCACAUUUUUCAUAAAAGGAUUCACAAUACAAUGGGGAGAGGGAGUGAGGCCCCAAAAUUUUCAUCAAAAUGUAAAUAAAUGUUAAAUAUUGUGUGAAUUAUCGUUUCAUAUGUUUUUGAGAGAGCUGAGUACGAAUAUCAACUCAUUUUUUCGAUUUGGCCCCUCUGACGUCACUGAUUGGACUCAACGAUUUGCAAAUCUCAAUUUUCAAAAGCUUGAAAUCUGGAAAAAAUUUUAUGAUGCCAUAUUUGUUUUAUGAUACGAGUAUUUACAACUACAUAUUUGCAAAAUCAUGAGGGUCGAGUAGCAGGGGGGAAGGGAGUGGGGGUUGUUGGUCUGAAAGUUUUUGAACAAAAAUUUACAAAUUGUAUAAAAUAUAUUGCAUGAAAUUGAUUUUUUUACCUGUUUUCAGACAAUUUUUGUGGUCAAUAAAGGGCCUGGAAGGGCCAGAUCAAAAAAACAUGCUGAUAUUCGUAUUUAGGGCCUUCAAAAAUGUAGUAAUCGAUAUGUCGCAUGGUUUUGUUGAUAUUUUCAGUUUUUGACCCUAUUAGGGGGUGCACACCCCCUCUGUUAGGGUCAAAACCGGAAAAUAUUGUCUGAGUCAUGUGACAUAUCGAUUGUUAUGUUUUUGAAGGUGCUGAAUUCGAAUAUAACCUUAUUUUUUCGAUUGGACACUUUUUGAAGCUCAUAGUUCUUAUGGCUAGAAGCAGAGGGAGGCAAUAUAGAGGUCAAAUCAAAAAAAUAAUGUCAAACAUGUUGAAAACAUACUAUCAAGUAUAUCGUCCAAAUUUGAUCAAAAAUUUCCGGGUUUUGAUUUCGUUAGAAGGGUCACAUCUGUGAAUGGAGGUUUGGGAGGGGUAAAUUUGAAAAAAUAAGGUCAUAUUCGUAUUCAGCGCCUUCGAAAAUGUAGUAAUCGAUAUGUCGCAAGGUUUUGUUGAUAUUUUCAGUUUUUGACCCUAUUAGGGGGUGCACACCCCCUCUGUCAGGGUCAAAACCUGAAAAUAUUGUCUGAAUCAUGCGACAUAUCGAUUGUCAUGUUUUUGAAGGUGCUGAAUUCGAAUAUGACCUUAUUUUUUCGAUUGGACACUUCUCGAAGCUCAUAGUUCUCAUGACUAGAAGCAGAGGGAGGCAAAGUAGAGGUCAAAUCAACAAAGUAAUGUCAUAUUCUCGUUCAACGUGUUGAAAAACGGUCUAUCAAAUAUUUCGCCCAAAUUUGAAUCUGUUUUCAGGCACUUUUGGUAGUCAAUGAGAAGGCUGGGAGGGCCAGAUCAAAAAAACAUGCUGAUAUUCGUAUUCAGGGCCUUCAAAAACCUAAUAAAAUCAUAUGUCGCACGAUUUUUUUCAUUCUUUAGAACAUUUUCGGGGUCAAAGGGGAGAUGGAGGGGGGGGGUCCAAUUUAAAAAAAUGAUCUAAUAUUCGUUCUCAGGACUUCUGAGAACUCAACAAACCAUUUGUCACACAAUUUUUCAAAUUUUUAGAUAAUUUUUGUUUGUGAAUUUGGGACGGGGAGGGGGUUGGAAGGGUCGAACCAAAAAAAUGAGUCGAUAUUCGUAUUCAGUGAUCUCGAAAACAUAUAAAACGAUAUGUCACUCGAUAUGUGACUUUUUUUUUACAUUUUGACCAAAAUUUCGGAGCUUUACCCCCCCCCCUCUCCAUAAUUUUGCAAAUCUCAUCACAAAAAGUUAAUUUUGUACAUAUUAUCAAAAUUAACGUUCCUGAAUUUUUAAAAUUUUAAAAAAAAUUUAGGUCCAAAUUUUGACUUAAUUUUGAAAGUUGAGCUUUCAAAAAAGCUCAACUUUGGACUUUUGAAAUUUUUGGAAAUAUUUUUGAAAUUACUCUCAAUUACUUUGAAAACCCUGAGCAAUUUGACUCCAAAGUCGGGUAUUAUGACGAUAAAUUUCAAUGGCUGAAAAUAAUCACCCUUCCCUCCCUCCCCCUCUCCCUCCUCUCCCCACACAACCUGUCUCAAUUGCGAACCAAUCAAAGCGAUCAUUUAUCUUUCCCAAUUUGAGAACCCUUCCAAGUAAAUUUGAGCAAAAUCUCGAAGCACCUGAAUAAUUCAAAACCAAGUAAUUUAAUUAGAAAUGACCCCCCUCCUCCCUCCCAAAAAAAUUCAACUCCCCAGAGAGAGGCUUAAAUCCUAAAAAUUUUGAAUAAUGUGAUUUGGGUAUCGAAGUACCUUAUUGAUUUUUGAAGGAGCUGAUUUUAAUUCUGAAAUCGGUGCAUAACUGCAUAUGGCUCUAAAAUGAAAAUUAUGCCCCUCAGAGGGGGCAUAUGGUUCAAAAUUCCAAAAUUUAAAUAUCCUGUACGAGUAUGUAUCUGAUUGAUUCCAAUUCUGUGAUCUGUUUGAUCCUGAAACCAAAACCGAGUUUCCAAAAGGGGUGGUGGUGGGGGGGGGGGUGUAAUUCAACUUUCAAUGAUGCAAUAUCAGAUUUUCAUGGGCACUGAUUCCAAUUUUGAAAUCUGUUUAACCCCAAAAUCAAAAUGAUUGCAUUUUUUGGAAAUUUUGAGCCAAAAGUUGGACAUUAUUAUACAAAGAAUUUUAAUUGAUUAAAAAAAAAAAAAAAAAAAAAAA